UGCCAGUGGGAGUUUGUAAACACUGGCCAUGACUUAUAGAUGAGACUACUGAACUGAGUUUUCUUCUGCAUGUAACGGUUUGUCAUGAAACGUUUUGUUAUUGAACUGAAUUCGAUUUCCGCAUUAAUGGUUUAUCAUUAAAAGUCUGUUACGCUUACAUGGUUUAUCUGGCAUGCUUCAAAGUUUUACCCAAGGGCUAUCCAUAUUUACUUACUGAGUUUAUCUCAUAGUUUUCCUUGUCCACCAUUUCAGGCAGUGAAAGCGAGGACGGGGAAACCACGGGAAGUGACGAGUUAGAAGACUAGCCAUUUCGAGAUUGAGCAUAGAUUUAGAAAUAAAUCAUGAUCUUGUAUUUGGAGAUUUAUGAUAUCAGAGAGAUUUUAUAAUUUGAUCUUUAGAUUUUGAUGGUAUUAGUUUGUGAUUUGAAUAAGUUCCGAGCCUUGUGCACUUGUGGGACCCGUCUCACGAGUGCACGACGUCUACCACGUCCCUGGAUUUGGGUUCUGGGGCGUGACAGUAUGCCUACUUGGAAUUGACUGAACUUCCUUGAUGAACUGAAAAUUUUGUAAAUUCUAAGUUUUUUUGUUAAAUCCAUGCUUAGAUGGAAAUUUUUCGAUUUAUUUUUGAAAUUUAAGAUUGAUUAUGAAUUACGGAUUUUUUUGAAAAUCCUGCAUGGUUUUGUCUCUGAUAUUGUCAUGAUUACUGAUGACUGAUGCCCGCCAGUGGGAGUUUGCAAACGUUGGCACAUGUCGACAUGUUUACUAAUAUGACCGGUUCAUUCUGUAAUCCUUCCAAUGGGAUGAUACAUUGGUUAUUAUUGACGCCUGCCAAUGGGCGAAUACAUUGGUAAUUACUGACGCCUACCAGUGGGUGUUUGUUAAACACUGGUUAUUACUAACGCCUACCAGUGGGAGUUGUUAAACACUGGUUAUUACUAACGAUUGCCAGUGGGAGUUUGUUAAACACUGGCCAUGACUAAUAGAUGAGACUACUGCUG